ACCAUAAAUUAUAUUGUUUAAAAUGAUUGUUUAUCUUAUCAUUUAAACUAUUAAUACGUGUAUCAAAUUUGUCAGAAACAUAGAAAAAUGUUGUUUUACUUCCAAAAGCAAUUGAGAGUGAAUAUUUCAUUCGUUGAUCCAAUAGUCAUAAACAUUUUAAUUUUAAAUUAUCAUUGGCUGUUUUUAUGAGAUAAUUUGAUAGGUUAUUUUUAUAAAACAUUGUUAGCAAACAAUACAAAUUUCCAUCGAGUUACGUUGAAAACACAAGAAAUAUGUCAAAAGAUUUGUGCUUCCAUUUUGACAGAUUAGGACCAAAAUCUUGUGAGCAAAAUUUACGAUCAGGCUAUUCUCGUGUAAAAAAAAACUUUCCAUCAAAAUGUUAAUCAUUUUUUAGAAAGCAAUGCAUCCUGAAUAAAUUAGGUUCCGCAUAAUUAAAAAAUCUUCUUGAUUCGUUCUGUUCUGUCAAAAUCCUCUGUUUAAAAUGGCCGCAAUGUGUCUGGAUUGGUCUUUUCAUUUAAAGGAUCCACAGUGUGGAAGGUAACCGUAGCAACCUGCGCAAAAAUCAAAUAACAUCAAUGAAAGUAAAAUGUAUUGGCUUGUUUUGAUAAUCCUUAAAAUUUGAAACGUGCUCUAAAAAAAUACCUAAAAACGAGAUUCACAUGUUGCAACUAAGCUUUCAGUAGGCUGUUGCGGUGUAUUUCGUUUAUUAAGCAUUCUUAAGCACCUAAAAAGCUACGAUGGAGGUAAAAUCAGAUCAGCCGGUUUGUUAUGAGCUUUGUGUACUGUGUCAGUUAAACAGCACCGAUCGUCAUUGCUUAACUGAGCGGAUACAAACCAGCAAUGGUUCGAUAACAGACGUUAUUUGCAAGCAUUUCUGGUUGUCGGCAUCCUCUUGCAAAGGGCGAUACAUCUGCACUACAUGCUGGGACUUAACAUUUUCCUUUCAUCAAUUCUACAUCGAAAUAGAGCGGGUUCACUCUGUACAAUCUACAGCAACAAUUAAGCAAGAGCCAAACAUCACAGAACAUAAGGAAUUAUGCCCAACCAAGCAGCCGGACUGGUUGGACGAUGAAAACACAUUGCUAACAAUUGCAAAUGAAGUAUAUGUAAAGGAAAACUACACGGACAGUGAUGCGGAAUCCAUUGCCAUCGAGGGCAUUGAUGGUACUGAUCGGGACGAUGUGUCGGAGAAUGAUUCGAAUGUUCCUUUAUCAUCGCUCAAGCAAGAAAUCAUAUCAACCCGCAUCGCCUGCCAAAACAACACCGUUGAAAGGCCUUCACCAUUCCCCGGUGUAGGACUGUCGUUAUCCCGUAUUAACGGCCGUACGCUUGAGAAUAUCUGUCACGAUUGUUUCCGUCAAGCCAGUCAUACGCAAGCAUCGGAAAAAGUGACGCAAGCACGCUUUUCCUUCGCCGCGUUGCUGAAACACUAUCGGAAAGAGCACAACAAGACCGGUUAUGCUGUUUGCUGCAAUCGAAAGUAUACGCGUAGAACGUCGAUAAAGAUGCAUCUACUGUCGCACGGCAGGAAGGUCGCAUACUGCUGCAUUCCGUGCGGGAUAAAGUUUCGCCGACAGGAAUCUUUGGACGAGCACAAUCUGCUCAUUCAUACGUCGGAGGAGGAAAAACAGUUCAAGUGUGGUCAGUGUGAUAAAUCGUUCCCCACGGAAGACCUGUUGAAAUCGCACGGAACGUGGCAUGAAACUAUUGCUAAAAAGAAUAUAAGUUGCAACAUUUGUAACCUAUUCUUCGCCAGUCAACCGUCGCUGAAAAAGCAUCGUACACUGCAUCACCCAUCACCGGAGAGCAAUGAGGCACAUCUGGCUUCGGGUAAUAGCAGUAGUACCGAACCGACCGAAGAACGGCUGGUUGCUACUAAGUAUCGUACUCGCAUUUCAGCAGCAAAAAUCAGCGAACAGGACGAGCUUAUCAAGCGCCACUGUUUAUUAAAUUGUACCAACUGUGAUUACUUUGCGGAAAGCUUCACAAAGCUCAAGCAACAUGCGAUGCAGGUGCAUGGUAUGCAAAGUUGUCAUGUCGCAUGCUGCGAUCGUACGUACAACAAGCGUCAAUCGCUGUAUGACCACUGCUUAGUGCAUGAAAAUCCCGACUGUUUCCGCUGUAACGUGUGCGGCAAUAGUUAUUCCAGCAGCCGUAGUCUACAGAGCCACAAAUGGCGUAUACAUACGCCGGCUACCGAACGUCCCUUUUGCUGCGACGUGUGUGGCGAAACGUUCGUGAAGGAUUACCUGCUAAAGCAACAUCUCGUACAUCAUCUGGCGAAGCAUAAAAAGCUCAACUACUGCAACGAGUGUAAUCGUUCGUUUACGACGGCGACGGUACUCAAAUCCCACCAGCAAACGUUUCACGGUGGAGGGUUCAACUGGAUCUGUGAUAUUUGUGCGAAAGGGUUUAAUGGUCGCACACUGUUUGAAAACCAUCGGCUAACACAUUCGAUCGAAGGAAAGACACAAUUGAAGCAUCAAUGCGAGCUGUGUAAGAAAUGGUUGCGCAAUAAAAAAUCAUACCAGCAGCAUCACAUUCGCUGUCACAGUAGCGGCGGACCGGUGCUGUGUAAAUUCUGCGGCAAGGAAUCAAUCAAUGCGAGCGCAUUAAAGUCGCACAUACAUCUGCACCACACAGCACGGCCGGAAUAUCCCUGUACGUUUUGCAGCAAAAGCUUCAAGACGUCACUGCGCUUACGGGAGCAUGAAGCCACACAUACCGGUACGAUACUGUACCGGUGCCCGUGGUGUCCCCGUACCUUUGCCUGUGGUUCGAACAUGUACAAACAUAAGAAGGCUGGCCAUCCGCAGGAAUGGGCCGCCUCGGUAAAGAAACGGUUUGGUGAGCGAUGAGUGAUCCACUUCACU